UUGCUACUCCAGUGCAUUCUUGUUGUUAGUGAGAAACUGAGAACAAUUUUCGAUUUCUGAGUUGGUAACCGUCAGCCAUGGAAGUGGGUUUGCAGGUACACAGACCUCUCAGUUGCAGAGCUCUCUUUCACCGAAGAACCGUCUUCAAGUUCAAUCGUCUCUCUGGGUCUUUCCCUCAUUUUAAUAGUAGCCAUCUUUCAAGUCUUACUUCAUGCUACAGCAAGUACCCUACACUCGGGGUUUCAUGUGACGUUAUUGCUGGUGCAGACUUUUCUAAGAGGAGACAGAGAAAAAUUUCAACUGCAAACUCUAAAGGACCUCCUCCUAAAAGAUUCACAUCGAAAACGCCAGCGAGAACAAGCACUACAAAGAGGGAUUCAAAGAAAAAUGGAAGUAAGGAGGAUGAAGUUUCUCCAACAUCUAGUGAGAUUGUGGAUCCCCACAAGAAAACACUUGAACUUAAAGCUGAUGUAGAUGCAGAACAGGCAAUUGAAGUUAGUAAGGAUGAGAAAGUUAACCAAGAAAAGAAAACAGAAGAAGCAUCAUCAGUUAGCAAAACACUGUCAGUUACCAAAAUCAAUCAAUAUGUGGAAAAUAGAAGUGCUGGUAGUGUGGAGGUUAAGACUAUGCCAGUUGAUGAAAUUACUAUAGAGGAAAGGCAGGUUGACGACUUAAAGAGUGAUAGUACUUUAAAAGAGGGAAGUGCAGGGACUGUUGAAAAAACAAAUGAAGAUGAAGUUUCUUCUCUAAAAUUGAGGUUGGAAGUGGAAGAAAACUUGAGGAAACAAGAAAUUGAGGAGCUUGCUGAGGAUAAUUUCUCUAGGGGUAACAAAUUGUUUGUUUACCCUCAUUUGGUGAAACCUGAUCAAGAUAUAGAAGUAUACCUCAAUAGGAGCCUAUCCACUCUGAAUAAUGAGCCAAAUGUUUUAAUUAUGGGAGCCUUCAAUGACUGGAGAUGGAAAUCUUUUACCAUAAGUUUGACCAAGACUCAUUUGAAAGGAGAUUGGUGGUCUUGCCAGGUUCAUGUUCCCAAAGAAGCAUACAAGAUGGAUUUUGUGUUCUUUAAUGGGAAAAAUGCUUAUGACAAUAACGACAAAAAGGAUUUCUGCAUACCUGUAGCAGGUGGAAUGGAUGCAUUUGCAUUUGAUGAUUUCUUGCUUGAGGAAAGACGUAGGGAACAAGAGAAACUUGCAAGGGAGCAAGCUGAGAGGGAAAGGCAAGCAGAAGAGCAGAGGCGAAGAGAAGAAGAGAAGGCUGCAAGUGAAGCUGAUAGAGCCCAAGCCAAGGUGGAAACUGAAAAGAGGCGAGAAAUAUUGCACCAGUUGAUGAAAAAUGCUCCAAGAUCUGUUGAUAAUGUUUGGUAUAUUGAGCCUAAUGAGUUUAGAGGUGAAGACUUGGUCCAGCUAUAUUAUAACAAAAGCUCAGGUCCCCUUGCACAUGCUAAUGACCUUUGGAUUCAUGGGGGUUAUAAUAAUUGGAAUAAUGGAUUGGUCGUUGUGGAAAAACUUCUCAAAUCUGAGAGAAAGGACGGCGACUGGUGGUAUGCUAAUGUUGUAGUGCCGGAUCGAGCCCUUCUCUUGGAUUGGGUCUUUGCUGAUGGUCCACCUCAGAGUGCAAUGGUAUAUGAUAACAAUCAUCGCCAAGAUUUCCAUGCAAUUGUCCCAAUGUCCAUUCCUGAAGAAUUGUUUUGGGUUGAGGAAGAACACCAGAUGUAUAGGAAACUACAGGAGGAGAGGCAGUUAAGAGAGCAGGCCAUGCAUGCCAAGGCAGAAAGAACAGCACGUGUGAAAGCUGAAAGAAAGGAGAAAACUUUGAAAAGGUUCCUAUUGUCUCAGAAGCACAUAGUCUAUACUGACCCUGUUAGUGUUCAGGCUGGAACUGCUGUGACAGUUUUCUAUAAUCCUGCUAACACAGUUCUGCAUGGUAAAUCUGAAGUUUGGAUUAGAUGUUCAUUUAACCGAUGGACCCACCGCAAAGGUCCUUUGCCACCUCAGAAGAUGUUUCCCACAGGUCAUGGUUCUCAUGUCAAAGCCACUGUCAAGGUUCCAUUAGAUGCAUACAUGAUGGAUUUUGUAUUCUCGGAGAGGGAAGAUGGUGGAAUUUUUGACAACAGAGGUGGCAUGGAUUACCACAUACCUGUAUUUGGAGGAAUUGUGAAGGAGCCACCAAUUCACAUUGUGCAUAUUGCUGUUGAAAUGGCCCCAAUCGCGAAGGUUGGAGGACUUGGAGAUGUUGUGACUAGUCUCUCCCGUGCUGUACAAGAUUUAAAUCACAGUGUGGACAUCAUUCUUCCAAAGUAUGACUGUUUGAACCUUAGCCAUGUAAAGGACUUUCAUUAUCAGAAAAGCUAUUCCUGGGGCGGAACAGAAAUAAAAGUGUGGUUUGGAAAGGUGGAAGACCUUUCUGUCUACUUCUUAGAGCCUCUGAAUGGGAUGUUUUGGACUGGUUGCAUAUAUGGGUGCAAGAAUGAUGGGCAGAGGUUUGGAUUCUUUUGCCAUGCAGCUCUUGAGUUUUUACAACAGAAUGGAUUCCAUCCUGAUAUUAUCCAUUGUCAUGAUUGGUCUAGUGCUCCAGUUGCAUGGUUGUUUAAGGACCAUUAUACGCACUAUGGUCUUAGCAAAGCUCGAGUAGUCUUCACGAUUCAUAACCUUGAAUUUGGGGCAGGCAACAUUGGGAGAGCUAUGGCAUAUACUGACAAGUCUACAACUGUAUCCCCAACAUAUUCAAAGGAGGUUGCUGGAAAUCCUUCAGUUGCUCCUCAUCUCCACAAAUUCCAUGGAAUACUGAAUGGAAUUGACCCAGACAUAUGGGAUCCUUAUAAUGAUAAGUUCAUUCCUGUUUCCUACACAUCUGAGAACGUCGUUGAAGGCAAAAGAGCAGCCAAGGAAGCUUUGCAGCAAAGGGUUGGUUUAAAGAAAGCUGAUCUGCCUUUAGUAGGGGUUAUCACUCGCCUAACUCAUCAGAAAGGAAUUCAUCUCAUCAAGCAUGCAAUUUGGCGAACCUUAGAUCGCGGUGGUCAGGUUGUGUUGCUUGGUUCAGCGCCAGAUCCUCGCGUCCAGAAUGAUUUUUUGAAUUUGGCCAACAAAUUGCGUUCUUCUCACAAUCACCAUGCUCGCCUUUGUUUGACAUAUGAUGAGCCACUAUCACACCUGAUAUAUGCAGGUGCUGAUUUCAUUCUAGUCCCAUCAAUUUUUGAGCCAUGCGGACUGACCCAACUUACAGCUAUGAGAUAUGGUUCCAUUCCAGUUGUUCGAAAAACUGGAGGACUUUAUGACACUGUGUUUGAUGUUGACCAUGAUAAGGAGAGAGCACAAGCACAAAGUCUUGAACCAAAUGGAUUUAGUUUUGAUGGAGCUGAUGCUGCUGGAAUUGAUUAUGCUCUAAAUAGGGCAAUUUCUUCUUGGUACGAGGGUCGGGAAUGGUUUUACUCAUUAUGUAAAACCGUAAUGGAGCAAGACUGGUCUUGGAAUAAGCCUGCUCUUGACUAUCUGGAGCUUUACCAUGCCGCACGCAAAUGAAAAGAAUCAGGUCCCAGGGAGUAUGAUAUGCAGAGAUCAACCCCGCACACCAUAUUUGUACAGGUUCAGCACCUAAUUCAACUUCUCUUGCCUAAUAGCUUGAUUACUUGCGCGCAAAUUGUCCGAUCAAAAUAAUGCAAGGUGAUGCCAGUUUUAGAGCUUGAAAAGGCUCAUCCAUUUUUGUAUUCUAGUGCAGAUGUACAUCACAGUGUAUUCCGAAUUAGUUUCACUACGAGGUUGAUCUGAUUUUGAUACCUGUUGUAAAUUAGUGUUACUUUAGUCAGUAAUGCAAUAUCAUUGGACAAAUGGGAUAGUUUUUGAAAUGAGGUGUUGCUACAUGUUCAGCAAUAACGCAUCUGUCCUAUCAAUCUUAUUAGUUAUGGCUUGCUAAA